CAGCACAGCUGAACACAAAUAACCUGAACCCGUUCGGCUCACAACUACCUAGAAACUUGACACAGAAACACAGACGCUGUGCGACAGACUGCCGCUGACCCAAGACAGGAACCAGUGGUCAGACAAUAACACGACUGUGAGACCUUAACAGCACAUGCUGCUGAUUCCAGAGCAUGGCGUCUACCAUCAGUCUCCUCUCUGAGAAGCACUUCCUGUGCGCUCUGUGUAAGAAGAUCUUCAGCAACCCGGUGACCAUCCCAUGUGGACACAGCUUCUGUAGGGCCUGUCUCUGCCACUACUGGAGCCGCCAGCAUUGUGACUAUUGUCCCCUCUGUAAGAGAGUGUACCAGGCCAAACCCGACCUGAGUGUCAAUCGCAUCCUGGCCGAUGUCUGUGACAACUACAGGAAGACUAGACCAGAGAAACCCUUGGCUGAAGAGAUGGUGGUUUAUGUAGACCAGAUGAUACAGGAGAGGCUGGAGAAAGUAGAGAGACUCAAACACUCCUUGCAGCUCUUGAAAAAUUCAUGUUUAAGAGAGGUGCGAGAAAGUCAGAGGGCGUUUUCGGCCUUGGUGAGCUUCAUGGAAAAGAGCCACAAAGCAGUUGUGACGUCCAUCGAGGAAAGACAGACGGAGGAAGAGAAGAGGGUUGAGACAAUGGUGGAGGAUCUGGAGCGGGAAAUCGAGGAGCUGAUGAACAAAAGCACAGAGCAGAAGUCUCUGGAUGCUGAUGAACCAUGUGUAGACAAGAAGUGUGGUACAUUAAGCAACACUCCCUCCAUCUGCUGCUCUGAGCUGAAGGAUUGGUCCAAGGUUACCAUAGAAACUGACCUUUGUGUGGGGGUCACCAGAGGAGCGAUGUCAGACGUGAUGGUCAAGAUAAAGGCAGAGGUUGACAGACUCUCCAAGGCUGAGUUGAAGAGAAUACAGAGAUAUGCAGCUGAGGUCACUCUGAAUCCCAAGACUGCCCAUGCGUUCCUCUUCAUCUCAGAGAACCGGAAGCAGGUCAGACACACAGACAAGCGCCAGGAGGUCCCUGACCACCCCAAGAGGUUUGACCGUGUGGCCAACGUCCUGGGGCGAGAAAGCUUCACAACAGGGAGGUACUACUGGGAGGUGGAGGUGGGGGACAAGAUCGAUUGGACCCUGGGUGUGGCCAGACAGUCCAUCAACAGGAAGGGCAAGUUCAACGUUAGCCCAGCCAAUGGCUUCUGGACAGUUAGCCUGAAGAAUGGGGGGCAGUACACUGCAAACACAGACCCUGUCACUCCAGUGGCUAUGGAACAAAGACCCAGGAAGGUUGGGGUGUAUCUGGACUACCGGGACGGCCGGGUGUCCUUCUACUGUGUUGAGACGGGUGUUUACAUGUUCUCCUUCAUGGAUACCUUCACAGACAGUCUUCAUCCCAUUUUCUGUCCUGGUCUCUAUCAUGGAGGCAAAAAUGCUUCCCCUCUCACAAUCUCAUCCAGCUGCUGUAACAUUUGAACCCUCAACAUACACCACAUAUGAUAUUAUAGGUCUAGAGUAACAACUAUGUUAUUAUUUAUUGAGCAAAGCAUGUAAUAAAUAUAUUUAAUUUAUAAAUAGAGUAAGGAGCUAUAUUGAGUACUUUAGGCUUAAAAACGGGUUAUAGAGAGUAAUGGACUCUGUAUUUCCUUUUAUUAGAGAGACAAGUAUGGUUACAUCAGGCAAGGAACAAUAAAAAGCACUCAGUGACUCUUCUCACUGAACACCUUCAGUACCCAUAAAA